AUGAGUGCAUUAGAAGAUGCCGUAUCACGUCGACGGGCUAGCACGAUGUCAUCGCGACGAGGCAACGCUCCAGUCUUGAGUACACUCAGAACAUCAAAGAGAAAGCGAACUAUUGAAAAUGAAACCAAUCCCAGAGCUACGCCUGCAAAGAACACCCGACACAGGGGGAGCAGCCAUGCAGCAGCCUUGUCACAUUCUACGGAAGUGAUUGAUUUAACGGGCGAGUCUCCCACUACCAGUCCAGCAAAGAAGCGGACAAAUGCCAAAAAUACCAAAACCAAGAGAUCGCCAGCUACAUCACCGGUUGAACGCCGAGCUAGAAUGUUUCGGGGCCAUCCACCUAAAUCAUUCCUGGAGAGACUGUCGCGUGCAACGACCCAACGGAUGUUUGUUGUUGGGCGUUCCGUUGUUGGAGCGGAUGACGUUCCUGAAAUGAAAUUUGACAUUGUGGGGUCAACAGGAAAUAUUUAUAAGACGACUAUUGGAAAGGUCCCGACCUGCGAUUGCCCGGAUGCUCAGAAAGGGCAUCAAUGCAAGCACAUAUGUUAUGUCUUGGUCAAGGUCCUGAAAGCCCCUGCACACCUACAAUACCAGUUGGCAUUUUUGUCGUCAGAACUGCGCGAAAUCUACCAGCAAUCAUCCCUUAGUGCCGAACAGCCCGAGCCAGAGAACAAUAAUGGAAAGAGAAAAGCCGUUGAAGGAGACUGUCCCAUCUGCUUUAUGGAGUUUGAACCUGACAAAGAGGAAAUUUUCUGGUGUCGAGCAGCUUGUGGAAAUAACAUUCAUAAGGCAUGCUUUCAGCGAUGGGCUGCCACCUCGCGAAACCAAGAUGUGCGUUGUGUUUAUUGUCGUUCUCCAUGGCAGUCAGAAAGCAGCAACUUGAAUCUGGAAGUGCUCAGGAAAGAGGGCCAAAUGAAUGAGGAAGGCUACGUCAAUGUAGCCGAUCAGUUGGGUCUCUCUGGCGAGCGUGGUACGAAACAAUAUCUAUAG